AUGUUUGCUGUGAAAGCAAAUUCUUUGGAAAGUGAUCCAAAGUUAUCUCUUCACGCUGCUGUAAUUAUACAGUGUUGGUAUAGAAAGUGUAAAGCAAAACUAGAGGUCCGCCGAAAGUGCGCAUGGCAAGUGAACCAGUCACUAGAAUACGUGAUGGAUACGGACGAUUCUGAAGGGCUACAGCUUAUAUUGUCUAACUUUGGUGAUACAGAAGAUGUUUCAGAAUCAAAUAAAUCUUUACUCAAUAGACAAAUUUCGUUUGCAGCUGACUUCAACUCAGAUCUCAGCUCUUUAGAACCUCCAAUAUCUGAAGAAAAUUUCCUAUCCUUCCUUGCAUGGAUAAAGUCAGAUAAAAAGAUUCCUACUAAAUUCGUAGUCCUCACACUGACCAAAGCUACAGAAUUUUUGCGUAAACAGCCGAAUCUUUCAGAAAUAGUACUUGAAAAAGAUCAUCAUUUAACAGUCUGUGGUGAUCUUCAUGGCAAUUUAUUAGCAGCUGUGAAAAUUUUCGAAGAAACUGGUUUACCGAAUUAUCACAAUCGGAUUAUAUUUAAUGGAGAUUUUGUUGAUCGAGGGGCUAAAUCAGUUGAAGUGAUAAGUUUGUUGUUAAUGGCUCUCUUAACUUAUCCGAAUGACAUAUUUCUAAAUCGAGGAAAUCAUGAAGAUAUCAAGAUGAAUGAGAGGUAUGGACUUGUGAAAGAGCUGUCAAACAAAUAUCCUAAGGACAAAAAGAAUUUAAUUCAUGUGUUUGAUGAACUGUUUCGUGCUCUACCAAUUGGAGCUAUUAUCAAUAAUACCAUACUUGUCUGUCAUGGUGGUAUAUCGAAGCAUACAGAUAUAAGGAAACUGAAGACGUUAAAUAGAUUUAAACUUUCUUCAAUCCUGCAGCCUUGUUUGGAUGGAGAUGACUGCGUGAAUUUAGAUGACUGGCAACAGGCUUUAGAUUUACUAUGGAGUGAUCCUCAAGAUAAAGAUGGAUGUCGACCAAAUUGUUUUCGUGGAGCAGGAUGUUAUUUUGGUUCUGAUGUCACUAAAAAGUUUCUGGAGACAACAAAUCUCUCAAUGAUUAUUCGAUCACAUGAAUGCUGUAUUGAAGGAUGGCGUACAUGUCAUUCAGGGAAAGUGUUAACAUUAUUCUCAUCAUUUGAUUAUUUUGCAUUACGCAGUAAUAAAGGCGCAUAUGCUCGUAUUACUGUUGUUGAUUCCAAUCAAACAUUUCUAACUGAUUUAAAGGCUGUUACAUCACUUUGUCCAACAUAUAAUCUGUCUAAAAAUGACCUAUCCGCACCAGUGGACAUCUAUGUCAAUGUUUUCAUUAUUGAUGAUUCAGAAAGUCAGUUAUCGAAUAACAGUAAAACAUCAGAUGAUUUAGUUAAUACAUCUUUUAUCUGUUUAUGGCAACGCAUAAUUCGUCGAAAAGAAAAACUUAUGGAACGUUUCAGUGCAGUAGACCUUGAAAAUUCAGGUGUGAUUCCACUUGCUGAAUGGUGCAACAUAAUGUCUUCAGUAACACAGUUAAAGCUUUCAUGGCGUUGUCUACGUUCUUUUCUGGUAAAACAAUCUGCUAACUGUGUUAACAAAGUUAUUUACAAAUCCAUGUUUGCAGGCAACUGUGUUGCACAUCCUGAACUUUCGGGUGAACAUUUAUUGGCGAAUGACAUUUUUGAAGUACAGUCUCAGUUGUUGGCUAUCACUCAGGCUUGUCACUUUGAAAACAAUAACGUUGACUUGUACAAACUGUUGGGCAAAUUGGAAUCAGCCAGCCACAAUGAACGAAUUAAUCGAAUAAAAGGCAUUUUAUCUAGAUUGAUGGAUUUCCUACACAAUAGCAAUUUCAAAUCUUUUAAUUUAGGAAAAUUUUUGGCCUCCUUUCGUUUUGUGGAAAUUCAGAAGCGUAUUAAAACUAGCUGA